CGGUACCGCACACACUCACUCACACUGCUCUCCCAUGAUACAAACAAUUGUUAUAUUUUGUUGUAGUUAUACUCAGAAUUUACAAUGAUCUAGAUUUAUAACGGAAACAACGAUUCAGUUGGGCAUCACCAUGGAUUUUAGAAAAGAUUUGGAAUUCCAUGAUGACAACAGUGGCAGAAUGACCGAUAAAGCUAAGGAAUCGAUUCUUUUGAUGAAAACAAAAAUGUUCCGCUCUCACGACCUGAUUCUACAGUACAACAACAUAAUGAAGGAAUGCGAUCGAUUGAAGGGAGAUUUGUGUAUGGCUCAAGAGGAAGCAGUGAAAUUUCAGAAAGAGAACAAUUCUCAAGUAUCUAAGAUUACGAAAUUGGAGUCGCAAGUAUCAAAUCAGAAAACAAGCUGUCAGGAAUUGGAGCAGAAAAUAGCUGAACAAGAGGUUAAAAUAGCUAGUGACAAGUGCCAUGUUGAUCAGUUGAUAUGCAAAGUAAAGGAGCUGGAGAACAGUCACUCGGGAAUGACGAUCGAAGCUGAUAUAACGAAAUCCUCGUUGAAAGAGAAAAUAAAAGGUUUGGAGUACGAAUUGAAAAAAUUAAAAAAGUCUCAAUCAAUUGAUUCGGAAAAAAGUUUGAAGUCAUCGAAAAGGAAGUCAUUGACCAGAAACCAACUUAUUGGAAUCGAAACAGCCGAUGUUGGAACUAAUACGGUACAAGAGAUAGGUCGAUCAAUUGAGAUGAAGGUGUCAAUGACUGAGAAAUCGACAAUGACAGAUGAAUUCUAUCAUAUAAAGGACAAUCCGUACCCCAUAUUUUGUGACAAUUGUCAAUCUUUGACUAAGCCGGACAUUGAGAAAUUUUGUAAAAUGAUGACCUAUCAUCCGCCGAUGCUCAGCAAAAUUUUGUCGCCUCCGACACCCUUCGACCAGAAAUUAACGAAUUGCGAGGCUUCUUCAAAUAUUUUCGUCGAACCAUUAGAACCGAUCGAGCAAAACGAAGUGCAGAAAUCGGUGAUCGAUUUAGUAACCCCGGAAAUAGAGAGCUUGAAGCAAAAAUUAUCGACGUUAGAACGCAAAAUAAAAAAGAAAACUAAGCAAAGUUGUGCAGAAAGUAAACAGCAACCGUGUGGUAAUUGUUAUGCACAUCCUUAUCAGAUGAAUCGCUACUCGAUGCGCAGAUCUAAUCGUGGGGAUGUAAUGCUACCGAUAUUCUCGGACGUUCAAACGGAUUUCUUAAUAGAAAUCAUGAAUCGCGUGAUGAACUCGGCUAAUGAAAAAUUACCGAGGCCGAAAAAAUCACGGAAACGGGGUUGGGCCGAUAAGAAGAAAUCACUCAAUUUUAGUAAAGGAAAAAUGAAGGUAUCCAUGAAAACGAGAAUAAAAAAAUGUGUGAGCAGCUCGAAUUGGGAUGUGGAGUCUGACGACGAUUGUGGGAAAAAAAUGGAAUGCAAUAGCGAGGUUGGCCAUCUUUUGCGAUUGAAGUCGACUAACGAUUUUGUUGAAGAAUCGCCCCCGACAGAUGAAAUGGAAAGGAUCCCCAACGAAUCAGUUUCUAAAAAUUUUAUGAAAUUGAAGAGUCGUAGUAAAAAUAGUGAUUCAAAAUUAAGAGAGUCGUUCAACGACGCCUCCAUCGAAGAGGAACCGGUUGAGGAGAAAAUUGUCACUAAUACGAUACAAUCAAAAAAUUCUUCAAGACGAAUCAGUUCGAGAAUUCAAGAGAAAAGUCUUCGUUCUCGUGAAAUCGAAGGGAAGAUAACAAGUACGCCAGUGAAAGAGACAUCAAUUUUUGUCGAUCGAAACCUCAACCCCGAUGAAUCUUUGUGCGACACAAACACAAACACAAACACACCCUCGAAAAAUUCAAAUAUCGGCCAAUCCAAAGCUUCGAAACGUCGACCGAUUUCGGUUUCGAGAGUAGACAGAUCAAUUUUGUGUUCGGGGAGUAAUGCUUCCAGAGAUGAUUCCCAAUCAAGGGAAGAAGAAAAAAAUUCCGAUAUCGACGUUGAUGCGAACGAUAAUGACAGCGAUUUGGAUUCCAGUGUUCCAAUAUAUUCUUCACCAUGGAAAAACCGAAAUCUGAAAUCAAAAGUGUUCGACGACGAUAUAACCGACGGGGAAAGAUCUUGUUUGCAACCGUUGGAAGAAAAAAAUACGAGGAAACGAAAAAGAUGUGACUCACCGACGAGAGGCAAUCGAUCAGUAAAAAAAAAGUUAUUGUACAAAUUACGAAACCUCAAGAAGAACACAACGAAUCCCGUUUCUAGAUCAUCUGCAAACAUCGACGAUAGCAUCUCUACCGCGACUAUUCCCCUUAAAACGGAUGAGGCAUGCGACAAAUGCGAAAACGAAAAAUACCAAAAUGCAUCAACAAAAGAAUCCUCUAUUGAAAUUGCCGCUAAGAGGCAACGAAUUGCUCAUGUGCCCAAGAGAUCGUUGAGCAUUGAACACCACGAUUGUAUGCAAGAGACUCGUGUCGAUCUUGUAAAUGACCGGCGAAUCGAAAUUGAAAAGCGCCAAAACUUGGAUGGAGUAUCGGAGAUACAAGGAACUCGUCGUUCCCCCAAUAAAUCGAAAAAUGUUUCUCCAUUGAUAGUAGAAAAACCAGAGGAUACUUUGACAAGACUUGAAACUCCAUUAACUAAAGACUUGAGCCAGCUUGGAGGAUGCAGUGAAAUAUUGGAGGAUUGCAGUUCGAUUUUCCAAGAAAAAAACGAGUCUUGUACAAAAACGCCUUUUUCAAUAAUGGAAAAGAUUGGCAAAGCCGAAACAUUCGCCGAGAAAGCAUUCGAUGAUGCAGCGAUUCCGGAAACAGCUGAAAUAUUUAAUGAUAACACUUUUGCCGGCUCAAAUUGGUGCGAAGAUAAAGAAACGCGCGAAAAAGACGAUGAGAAGUUAUUAAAAAAUCAUUCCAACGAAAUGCCUGAAAACGAGAUGAUAAAUAUUGAACAAGCACCCAAAGAAUUUUUCGAUCUAGAGCCAAGCUCGGUGGAAAUAAGGAAAGCUGAUCUUCUUAAGCCACAAGUAGAAACUUGUAUAAAAUCUAUCGACGAAUCGCCGGCGUCACCCGAGGGCCCGAAAAUAUUAAAUACUUCAAAUUCUUACUCCGAUUCAACGAUAUCGCCGAAGGAGCAUAUUCAGCAUGAGUCUGUUUAUGAGAAUGCAGUUCUCCCAGAUACGAUAUCGAGCGAUGACAUUCCAUUUUUACAGCCAAACAUUGAAACGAGAAAACUUAUAAAAUACGAUACGGCUUUGUUCGAUAAAUUUGAAUGCAAUGACGGAGAAAUCAAUAUUUCCUCCGACCAAAAAUUAUUUUUCAAUGAAUCCGACACGACGGCGACAAUCAAGCAGGAAAAAUUACUCUCGAAAAAUGUAACCACAUCGCCGCAACCUAUCGUGAAAGAUCUUAGAACGAGGAGGGUCUUGUUUAGUCCUGUGAAAUCAAUUGUUGUUGAACAAAAGGAUCAACGAAAUAUCACUAUUCUGGAUAGCGAUAGCUCCGAUAGAGCUGGGCUCGUUUCCAAUUGUCGAGGAAUUCGCAAUCUCGAAACUCUUCUCACCCGUCAACUCGGAAUUCUGAAAAAAAAUAAGCCCACCAACACAAAAGUAGUUCGAAAAGCGGCGGCUACUAAAUUACAUGCCGAUGCUGAAAAAACUGUGAGAACCGAACUCAACAAUUUGGUUGGAAGUGAGGAAUGGUCGAGCGUUAUUCACACUAGCGUUGUAACGAAGCUUUGCCAAGUGCCGAGUCAACGAACAGUAGCCAAGUGCAUUGUUGAUGUUUUGGUUGAAAGGGCAGGCUUAGGCGAGACGUUGGAUCGUACUCACACACCACCGGCUCCGGUGAUGACGAAAACGCAACAGCGGAUCGCUGCGCUGAUCAAUGUCUUGGAACGGGACUCAAGCAUGUCCGGCAUCUUCGAACUCAUUCGUGCCGGUAUCAGUUUUAAUCUAUUCAGACUCGGUUACGUGACUCAGCUUUCAGUCGUCGAGUAUUUAACUCGUAUGUUGACGGUAAUGGCGCGACUAAAAAAGGACAGAGAAAGCGUGAGGAUAAUGCUGUGUGACGCUCUUUACUUUCUUGGUAGGCUAGCACCAAACGCAAUUCAUGUUGCACUCUCAAUUUGGCCAGAAGUUUUUCCAAUGCACAAUGCGCGAUCGGACGUAAUUUUGAAUUGUUUGGUUCAUCUUAUAAGACAGAUUCAAAGUCCCAAAGCGAUGGGGAUCAAAAGGCUAUUCAGAGAUUAUUACAGGUAUCCGGAAAAUGAUCAACAGCCAACACAAUUGAUAAGGGAGCUAAUUAGCCAAUUGACCAAAGAGUAUACCAAAGAUUUAGAAGUGACAAUUUUGCUGAUUGCAAAACGCCAAGGCACAGUUUGGACUCACAAACACAUAGUCCAUGGAGGUUUAAUCGAGUUGAUAGAGGACGACGAUUGUCCAUGGAUUUCGAACAUCAUAACGUUACUUGGUUUCAUUUUACGUACAUUUCCUAUCGAUGACGAAGACAAGACAGUGGCAACAAUCGUUGAAAAACUAUGCAAAAUGUUGGAAUCCGCGCGAGGUUCACCACGUAAGGAGGAAGGAAUCGUUGGGGCAUUGUUGAGUCUUGCACGUCACACGUCACAUUUUAAGCGGAUAGCCGAUACAGUAUUAAAAUGGAAACCGGCAGAAAGUAUACAGACCGGGACGAUGGAGCAAUUGGAGACUUUCUUUAAAGUGAAAUCUUUGGAUUGGUGGGAAAACUGGAAGAAUCGCAAAUCAAAAUAGAACAUGAAAUAAUUGCAGCGCAGAUGUUGAGGAAAUUACGAACUGCAGAAGCGAAAACUACCGAGCGAUCGUUUAAACAUGACAACGUAUAUUAGAGCAAUACUUGUCAAACAAGAUUGACAAUUGACUUUUGAUUAAAGUAAUUAAGGAAUAUGACACCGUUCUGUAUAAUAGCGCGAAGGUAAUUGAAAAAAUUUGUCUAAUUUUGAGAGAGAAGAUCAUAAACGAGUCAACCAGUCGAAUGAGUUAAUUGGCAGAACGUAAGAAAUAAUAAAACUCGUUUGAGGUCAGGCUCUCUGAUGAGAAUUUAAGACUGACGUAGGAAAGCCAGAAAAAAAAAAAAGAAGAGCCGGGCAUUCCAAA